GGGGGGCCGCCACCGGGCAACGGCGCGCCCUCGGCUGAGACUCGUUGAGGCUUCCCGGGAGGAAGAUGUGGAAUCGACGUGGUCUCGCUUUCGCCGGGAAACGCUCUGCGGACAGAGCGGCGUUAGCUCAGAUCUUCUUCAUUCUCUCCCAGCUUUACAGCUCGGGGGAGACGCGGCCUCUUCAACUGCCCCAGCGUCCAGGGCGGCCAUCCCUGCGCACUCCGGAUGUGGACUGGUACAACAGCGGGAGGGGAGAGAAACUUUCGGUUCCCUCUCCAAGCCUGCUUCCGACGAAUGCUCUCCCGCUGGUCGCCGGACCACCACCGGCCGCCGCAGAACCAGCUGAAGCAAACGAAGCCCUCCGCUUCGAAUUCGUCAAAAAUUCCCAAGAUGUCCUGGAAGAGAAACACGUGAGACGCCCUUCCCAAAAGGAUAGCCUGAAGACCGGCAUUUUUGCCUGCUUGGUGGUCGUGGGACUCCUGCUGAUCGUAGUCACGGUUUUCCAAAUACUGACUUUUUGCCAUAUUACCCACCCGACGACAAACUGCAUCCGCGGACUUUUCCAAAGAAAUAAGCUGAGUUCCGAUCGUCAGCGCGGGGGGAACAAACAGGCGGAUCCUAACGGGAGCUCAAGCCCGGGGGAUUUUCCCGGGAAAAGCGCGCCACCUCCCCCGGCUACACGACAGAGCGACGUCUCUUCGGAGGCCCAAUAUUCUCCCGCCGGCGACGGCGACACGCCGGCGACGAGCCCGCCGCCCCACGGCGGGUACGACUCCUCCCCGGGAGGUAGCGUGGGCGCGCUGGAACCCGGAGAAGACGGGGAGCCGCGGGGGGAAAGCCGCGCGGACGCCGGGAAUUCCCCCCGGCGGAAAACCGGGCGGGACGGUUCCGAGUGGGAAAGCUACCGGGACGUCAUCCAGGGCCGCUCGCCGUCCUUCGCCGAGGCGGCCGAGCCCGACGCUCGGCACUGGUGAGCCUUCCACCCCACCUGGGAGACGUGAUCCGCGCCCGGAGCCUUUCACCUCUUCCUUGGGAAAACCCAGGAGGGCCGACCUUGCCAUCUGACCUGAUUAGAGAUACGAUUCCGCUCCCGGCCUUCGGAUCCAACUGUCCCGGGAAGCGUGGCCGCUUCCCGGAUGCCCGUCCCCGCCACCGGCCGGGGGGGAAGGGCUUUUCUCGGAGCGGCGGGCCGCGGGCCGGCGUCCCUGGUCGGGAGUUUCGCGUUUACCGGAAUAAAGUUAGGCCGUGGGGAAAGUUAAAGAAAUCGCCGACCCUCCGCGA